ACGACUCGGGCGACGACUUCCCCUCGUCUCUGCCGGGGGGCGGAGGCCAGGGCGGGGGGGCCCAGAACUCAGAGGUCCAGUCCACUCUCAGGACCCUCGGCAGUAAGGUGGAGGAUCUCAGCACCUGCAACGACCUGAUCUCCAAGCACGGCUCUGCCCUGCAGAGGUCUUUAUCCGAACUGGACAGUCUACGGCUGACCGGAGAGGCCGGGGAUAAGAUUCGCCAGGUGACGGAAAGAGCCACGCUGUUCCGUAUAACCUCCAAUGCCAUGAUUAAUGCCUGCAGGGACUUCCUGUCCCUGGCGCAGACCCACAGCAAGCGGUGGCAGAAAGCCUUGCAAACCGAGCGAGAGCAGAAAGUGCGGCUGGAGGAGGCCUUGGAGCAACUGGCCAAACAGCACAACCACCUGGAGCGAGCGUUCAGAGGAGCCGGGCAGGCUCACGCCAUCGUGGACAAUAAAGGUGCUGCUGGACUAGGAAAAGGUGAGGCGAGCGACGAGGAUGAUGAUAAUGAGUUCUUCGACGCCAUGGAGGACGCCCCUGAGUUUAUAACCGUACCUGCAGACCCUCAGUUCCACAAACGAUCAAGCAGUAACGCGAGCUGUUUGAACAGUGACAUGUGUGCAGAUGAUCAAUCGCUCAACGAGGAACCUCUGGCGAUGAACCCGGAUUCGCCGUCUCAGGAGCUGGUGCCGCUGAAAAAGAGGCGAACGCGCAUCCCAGACAAGCCCAACUACUCGCUGAACCUCUGGAGUAUCAUGAAAAACUGCAUCGGCAAGGAUCUGUCCAAGAUCCCAAUGCCUGUGAACUUCAACGAGCCCAUCUCCAUGCUGCAGCGGCUGUCGGAGGACCUGGAGUAUCACGAGCUGCUGGACAAGGCGGCCAAGUGCCACAGCUCCCUGGAGCAGAUGUGCUACGUGGUGGCCUUCUGCGUGUCCGCCUACUCCACGACGGUGUACCGCACGGGGAAGCCCUUCAACCCCCUGCUGGGAGAGACGUUCGAGCUGGACCGCCGGAGAGAGAGCGGCUACCGCUCCCUGUGUGAGCAGGUGAGUCACCACCCUCCCGCGGCGGCGCAUCAUGUGAUCUCCGACCGCGGCUGGACUCUGAGGCAGGAGAUCACUGUUGCAAGCAAGUUCAGGGGCAAAUACCUGUCCAUCAUGCCCUUAGGCACAAUUCACGCCAUCUUUGAGAAGAGCAACAAUCACUACACAUGGAAGAAGGUUACCACCACAGUGCACAACAUCAUUGUCGGAAAGCUCUGGAUUGAUCAGUCUGGAGAAAUCGAUAUAGUGAACCACACCACAGGGGAUCGCUGCCACUUGAAGUUUGCUCCUUACAGCUAUUUCUCCCGAGACGUUGCCAGAAAGGUGACAGGAGUGGUGAUGGACAAGAACGGAAAGGCCCACUAUGUGCUGUCGGGCACCUGGGAUGAGAAGAUGGAGUUCUCCAGAGUCAUGCAGAGCAGUCGAGGAGGAGAGAACGGCACCGAGGGCAAACAGAAGACCGUUUAUCAAACCCUCAAAGCCAGAGAGUUGUGGAAGAGAAACCCUUUACCCGACGGAGCGGAGUCCAUGUACUACUUCACCGCCCUGGCUCUGACCCUGAACGAGCCCGAGGAGGGGGUGGCGCCCACCGACAGCCGACGCAGGCCCGACCAGCGCCUGAUGGAGGACGGUCGCUGGGACGAGGCCAACGGCGAAAAGCAGCGGCUGGAGGAGAAGCAGCGCAGUGUCCGGCGGGAGAGGGAGCGGGAGGCCGCGAGCCAGCGCGCCUCGAGCCAGUCGGAAGAAGCUGUCGAUGAGGACUCUUUUGUUGAUCUCCCCAUGAAAAGUGCGCCCCACGACACGCACAAAGCCCUCUGGUUCGAGAGCUGUGAGGACCAAAUCACAGGUGAGCAAGUUCACAUCUAUAAGGGAGGCUACUGGGAAGCGAAGGAGCUCGGCAACUGGGAGGGCUGCCCGGACAUAUAUUGACCCCCGACGCGCUCUGACGAGACUGUCCCACAUCAGAGCCGCGCGGACGGCUUCACAAAGCCCCCGGCUGUCCCCCGAUUGGACGGCUGCUCCCCUGCAGUGACUCUCUGUUUUAAGAGAUCCUCCUCCCCCCCCCCCUCCCCAAACCCCGGAUGGUCACUACUGUCUGACUCAGAGGCACAAGAGAGGCAGAAGGAUCUAGCCUUCUGCGUCCAAUCAAGUCUCAUGUUCUACUUUUUCCCCUCACUAUCCAAGAGGACUGGGAAUAAAUAUUUCUCAUCUUUUUUUUUUCUUGUCUUUUUUUUUGGGGGAGGGGG